CAUCCAAAAUUAAUAAUAUUCGGUCGUGUUUUCAUUCCAUUCAUAUGAGUUAAUAUAGUUCGCAAUUUGCAACGUAAUGUAUCAACAGCACAUACUUAGAAGCCACUUAAAUGCCAUGGAGAUGUUUUGUGUAAAAUAUUAAUAAAUACAGGAACUUAAUUUAAAAGAAAAACAUUGUGAACGAAGUAAUAUCAUAAACAUAUGAGAAAUAAAAUUUAACACGACUUCUUGUAUGUAAUAUAAUAUCUUCAGUAUUUAUAAACAAAAACAAAUAUAAAUUUCUUUUUAAUAAUUUGUACAUGAAACUUGGUUGUAAACAAAGAUGGCAGCCACACGGCGCACAACAAAGGAUAUUGAUGAUGCAUUGGAUUUGCUAGAAGAUUUAACUGAGGAGGAACUUGCAGCGUUGGAAGCUGAUUUCGAUCCGAAUGACGAUUUUAUUCCAGCGAACGAAAGAAAGUUGGAACUACAGAAAAAUAGAAUGUACGAAAAAAGAGACAUGGUGGCGCAACUUGAAGAUAUAGUCAGGAAAAACCAAGCCGCAUCUCGUCCUCCAGAAAAAGUUAUCCCAAUUCGAACUUGGAAAAAUCCAAUCGAAGACAAUAACAAUAUCAAAAAUAAAUAUACAAAUAAAAAUAGAAAUGAUAUAGAAAAAAAGAAGCAUGAGAAAAAGAAAGAAGAAAAAGUAGAUUACGGUUUGACUGCAGAAGAAGAAGAAUUAUUCGAAGGUCUUGACGAAGAAGAAUUGUUAGAAUUAGCAGCUUUAUCAAAUACACAUGGUCUGUUAACUCAAGAUCAAGUGCACUGUGUAGAAAUGGGAAGCAAGGAAGAACAUAAAAGAUUUGGAUUGCAUGCAAAACCAGUUACCGGACCUUCUCGACGUUUAGCAUCAAUGUCGGACGACGAUACAGACUUAGACGGUGUGUUAUUGCUCGACAGUUUAAAAGAGGAUACCGAUGACGUGUUUUAUGUGCGCAUUAAUAAUGUGCCGCUGGAAACAAGCCUGCUUCAUGCUAUCUUUGACGCCUUGAAGACGACAACACAAAUUAAACACCUUUCGUUGGCUGGUAUUGGAAUGAAAGACGAAGAAGGACUGCUUUUUAAUGAAGCAUUCAAAGAAAAUGACACGUUGGAAACGGUAAAUUUGGAAUCGAAUGAGUUAACGAACGAAGUCAUGGAGCCACUCUUUGGACUAGUUGUGGACCACCCAACGAUACGAGAAGUAAAAUGCUCACACCAGAAACAUGGCUUGGGAAGUCGAGGCGAAGAAGCUAUGGCACGUGCUCUUGAUAAAAAUGAACGCCUUUUAAAAGUUAGCUAUCCGUUCAAGGUGCAGUCAGCCAGAAGCUUAGCAGACAGAUGUCAAAUACGGAACAAUGAAAUAUUGAGACAAAAAAGAAGAAAGGGAGAGGAUUUCUACAAUUACAAAGAAGAAAUCAACAGGAGAGAUAAUCAUCCUCAACCCUGGAUAAAAGACAGGGAAGAUAAAAACGAAAAAAUGAAAGCUGAUUUAGCUGAACAAAAAGGUCGUAUGAAAAUAGUUCCAAAUGUUAGUAGAAUGAGAUUCGAGGCGAAACAACGCGCUGUGGAAAAUGCCAAACCUACAAUCGAUAACGAACUAGCGAGCAAGUUACAAGCUGCCAAGACUAAAGCUAGACGAGGCAUGCUUCGUUAAUUGUUCACGAAGCAAAGCAGAAAUAGCUACAAUGAAUUUGAAAUUAAAUCAUGUGGGAUUUUGAACAUUUUAAAAAAGUUUUAAAAGGGUUUUCGUAAGAAGUCAAUUAUUUAAAAUUCGAUAAAUGAUUUUUUUAUAAUUUCAUGCAGAAAUUGAUAUUUUUAAAGAGCUUUAUUUUAGAUUAUAUUUAAACUAACCAGAAGAAUGCAGUUUGUUUUUCAGUUACCAA